UCCCUCAGCCGGUUCGUGGGGUGACUUCAGGAACUUCCUUCCAAGAAACUCCACUUGUUGAUCGGCGCUUUUUGCUCACGCCUGGGCGCAUCUGAUCAUCCCGUCGGUCCCCGCGAACGCAAACGGAGGCGCAACAUCUUCUUCUUCUUCUUCCCCGCAGCGUGCAGCUGAAGGUCCUCCCUCUUUCCGGGUUCGCGGACACGCAGUCCUCUCAUCUCCAGCUCAGAGGCUGUUUGUCAGGUUUCUUUUGGCUCAGUGACGCGGCGGGACGACGUUUGCGGAGUUUUCUGCGCGUAAAGAGAGCGUAGGGGCGCAGGGAGAAAGGAUGCGGCCGCGUCUUCUCGACGUCGGUGAGCUCGGGUUGUGAGAUCCGAUCCUCCAAGGGUCAGAGUUCACAAUCACCGGAGCCGCUUGAGGCAACUCUGAAACUUUCAGGAUGACUUGAUGAGGCGGUUCACGUGGCGCCUGGGACCCGGGAGCAAGGAUGAAUGCAAAGCGGUUCAUGCUGAAGCUCAGGAAAAAGUUCAUCCCCCACCACUUCUCCGUGCUGACGUUAAUUUUCCUGCUGCUGGUCAGCGUCAAGUACAUCUACAUCCUUGAGUCCCUGGAUCAUCGCGCUCCGGCCAUUCAGUCACUUGUCAAGCACAACAUCAACUGCAAAGCUAUUUAUGACAUGGACCCGGUAGAAGUGGGCAAAUCCCUCAUCGUCAGAAGGAAAACUGUGGCGGAAGAUAAAGACGAAAGUCUGACCAACUUUACAGAAAAUUGCCCCGUCUUCACGAAGAUCAGGGGUUAUGACGAUUUGUGUGUUUCUGAGGAAGAGAAGGAUUUUCCCAUUGCGUACUCUAUGGUUGUACAUAAAAAUGCGUGGAUGGUGGAGAGACUCCUCAGGGCGGUGUACUCUCCCAACAACAUCUACUGCAUACACUACGAUCAGAAGUCAACGGCUCAGUUUGCCGCCGCCAUGGAGGGUUUGUCCCGCUGCCUGCCUAACGUCUUCGUCUCCAGCAAACGCGAGACCGUUUUCUACGCGAGCUUCAGCCGCCUAAAGGCCGACCUCAACUGCCUGUCGGACCUUCUGACGUCAGAGGUCAAGUGGAAGUACGUCAUCAACCUUUGCGGCCAGGACUUCCCACUUAAGUCCAACAUGGAGCUGGUGUCAGAGCUGAGGAGGUUGAGAGGCUCCAGCAUGUUGGAGACAAGUCGACCUAGUGAGCUCAAGAAGCAACGGUACCUGUACCACUACGAGCUGCAGGACGCCACUUUUGAGUAUAAGAAACUUCCGGUAAAAACACAGCAGACAAAGACUCCACCGCCGCACAACAUACAGAUGUUCAUCGGCAAUGCCUACUUUGUGUUAUCGCGAGAGUUUGUCGGGUUCAUAAACUCAUCCCCUGUAGUGAGGGACUUCCUGGCCUGGUCGGAGGACACCUACUCUCCGGACGAGCACUUCUGGGCCACGCUUGUGCGACUGCCGGGCAUUCCCGGGGAGGUGCCCAGGGUCCAGCCCGACAUCACAGACCUGAUGAGCAAGACGAGGCUUGUGAAGUGGCAGUACCUGGAGGAGAACCUUUACCCUCCGUGCACGGGGCAACACGUGCGCAGCGUUUGCAUUUUUGGUGCGGCCGAACUGCACUGGCUGCUCAACUACGGUCACUGGUUUGCCAACAAGUUUGAUCCCAAAGUGGAUCCCGUUCUUCUUCAGUGCCUUGAGGAGAUACUGGAGGAGAAGCAGAAGUUGUUUCAAAAUGGGAGAGCUUUGACUUGCCCAAAAGGUUAGCUAAAAUGCUGGCUGUUGACAUUUCUUUUAACUGCUCCGCAAUCUUAAGAGACAGAAUCCAUUGGACCACACUAGGUGUGGUCCAAUGGAUCUUUUAUGAAGGUUUUUUUAUUGUGUGGUUCCGGGAACUGACGGUCUGACCGGACACCCACAAAUAUGCAUACAACAGGAUUGUGUUAGUUAUUUUUGUCUACCUUCUGUACUUUACUGCAUUCUUUUGUUUUGAAACACUCCAUCCUUUCUCCUUGGAUGAUAGAUUUCUUUCUGUAGAAAUCUAGGAACCUCAGGCAUACGUUGUUAAAUAAAGGAGAGAAAAUCUAUGUCUACAAUCAAGUUCAGGGACCAGCUACUUACUAUGUCACUGUGGACUUUGUAACUCUUUAUAACUUUUGAAAAUGCUUCAUAAAAGACUUUGAGCUUCGAUGGAACAUCUGUUUCCAAAGAUUUCCAAUGCUUUGAAAGCAUUUAAACGUGAUUAAAUUAUUAUUGAAGCCUUAGAUUGCACAAUGUUAACUAUGAAUAAAUUAUCUCAGUCAA